UAACGUUAGUUCUAAUUGGACAGCCGUUCGAUGCUGGAGGAAAAGGAGAAAGUGCGCGCGGGUUCAAUGUAAUCAGCUGCUGAGGUACUAUUUUGAUAGCAGUGGCAGAAGUCGGGAGAUUGUUCAACUGUCAAGUAUGUAAUAUUCGCUUUAAAUCAUCAGCCAGCCAUCCGGCCGACCUACAUAAGCCGAGAGAUUACAGACGUGACAGCCCAGGUCUUUUUCCUUUCAAAAGAAUUGGCAGGCAAUCAAAUAAAGUUUGGUACGUAACGGUGACAUGUGCAAUACUCGCAGUGGAAUGGCUGUUUCAUAUCACUCCAAUCCGCAGCAGCAGCAACAAAAGAAGAAAAGAGAAAGAAAGUCGGCCAUGAGGGAAUUCAAUCGAUUGCGUGCCUAUGCGCCACAUUUUCUCGACUAGACAUUAUUGGCCUCGUUCAAUUGUGAAUGGGAAAUAUUUUUUUCAAUGGAUUUCUUAUUGGCCCCAUCAUUUUCAACCAUUUGCAGACAUUAGAAAAGGAUUUAUCAAUGAAACGCCAUCGAUCAAGUCCCCGACGCUGAAAGGCGAAUUUAACGUCUGGAAUUUUGACGGAAGUGACGCCGAGUGGGAAUAAGAAAAUCGAUUGGCUCAUCAUCGAUUGCAAGAUGGGAGGACCGUGAGUUUACCCAAACGUUAUACAAGUCGGUGAUACUUAUCUCAGCAUGACACACCAUUUCUUAUCUGUAAUCUACCGGCCCUAAUCUUACAUUGCGAGAGGCCAAAUGAUAAAAACGGUUUGAAAUUGAACCCCCCAAAAAAUGCCAUUCCGUUAGGAGUUGAGAAAAUGUGAAAGCAGCGAAAGUAGCUGCUCUUGACUAAAACUUUGUGAAUGUCGUGAACUAAUUGUGAUUUUAAUUUCAAAAGCAUAUGGCUCUCAAAUUAUCGAGAUCGGCCUUUAAACGCCUGUGCCUGUUGCCACUGGUGCUGGCCUUCUUAAUUGUCUUCCUGUACAAGUCCAUCUCCAACAUUUACCAAGGUGUCGAGUACACGGGUAAUAUCACGACUGUUCAAACGGCCUUUGAUUUGUUCAAACGAGAGCCGUUGGAAGUUUGCCACAACAUCGAUCUUCUCAACGUUGGCGACCCGCAAGGAAUUGAACUCAACUCAUAUCCUCAGCUCAUUUGCACCGAUCCAGGAUUCCAAAUCGAGGAAAACAACUGUUUGUUCUACGUCAUCAAAACGCUAAAGAGCGACUGGUCGCUGGAGGAAACUGCGGAGAAAAUGGGAUGUCAAGUUUACUCUUUGUUAUUAGCUCGUCCCGAUUCGCCGGAAGAAGAGUUCACUCCAGCACGAAACCAAAGUCGUCACAUCCACAUCUUCCGUCUCGGCGAAAACGAAAAUGUGGGGAAAUUCGUCCAGCACCAGCACAAGAAUAUGAGCCAGCACAAUGCGACAGCCAUUGAUUACAUGAUGAUACGGUUGGGCAGUGGGCAGAGCGAGUGGCAAAUUCUGGCGGAUCUGACGGAGCGGAAUCAGCUGGAUCGCAUUAAACAUCUGUCCGUGGGCGUCAACCUGUGCCCUGAUCGAUCGAGUUUCACAGAGUCGCACUUCCAGUACGUGAUGGACGUCGACCGGCAACUCAGCGACAGGUGGGACCUGAAAUUAUUCGACUUAUCCAACGACGAGGACACUUUUGUGUACAAUCCCGUCGUCAAGGCGAAAACCUACUGCGCCUCCCAGUUCACCUGGAUCAAUCAGCGAUUCCGCCGCAUCGACGACCCUCAAUACCAGCUGCCGGGCAACGAUUCCCAGCACACAGAGCCAGUCACUAGUCCAAAUCUACUUUUAUCGACCAAUCAAUAACCGCAACCUGUUCUCUCUUCGUUCUGUAAUUUUAUUUUUAAACGGAAUUAGUAACAACGUCAAUGUAUCUCAUCGCAGAGUUUUAAAGCUGCACUAUUUUAAUCAAGAAAUCGAAAACCUUAAAUAGUAAUACCCCCCUUUUUUUUUGGUCGAACUCAAAAGGAGCUGGCUCCCAAAUUACGUCGAUUAAACAAGUUAUGAAAUUUCUCAAUAGCAUUUUCUAUUCGUCUGAUUACUUCUUUUUUGUCCUGACGUUUCAGAAUAUUUUCUUUUUAUGUGGCGGCUCAAAUCCAUCGUCAAAGGGCCACAACGGUAAUCUAUAGACUGAGAAUCAUAAUCUACCAAGAAGGGGCUCUAUUUUGCAUUUGCAUCUAUUCACUUAAUACAUUUGAGAAUCACUGCGUACUAUACAAAAGUAGAUGGGGGCAUACGCUAGGCUGUAUAAAAGAACGCGUAUUAAAAAAGGGCUUGGCAAUUUUGGAAUUUAGAAUUAUUCAAAGCAUUUCGACACACAGCAAAACAGCUAGUCCUUAUAGGGAUUCUCCCGAGAUUAUAACUGUAACCCUUUUACUAUUCCGGCAACAAGAAAUAAACUCUUGACAAGACGCA